GCGAGCGAGCAAGCGAGCGUUAUCAGCCCCUCCGAUCACACGCACACGCGCUCCUGGGUGCAGGGCGCCGCAGGCUGCGCGCACAGGCGGGCGCCCAGACAUGGAUGCCCAGGACCGAGCCGCACUGGAUAUUUCCACCAGGAACCCCCAGGACGACUUCGAGCUGCUGCAGAGAGUCGGCGGCGGGACGUACGGGGAAGUGUACAAGGCGAGGAGCAAAGACACAGGCGAGCUGGCGGCCAUAAAAAUCGUGAAGAUAGAGCCAGACGACGACUGCGCCACCAUCCAGCAGGAGAUCCUCAUGGUGAAGACCUGCAAGCACCCCAGCAUUGUGGCCUAUUACGGGAGCUACAUACGGUUUAACAAGCUGUGGAUCUGCAUGGAGUUCUGCGGGGGAGGCUCUUUGCAGGACAUCUACCACGUCACCGGCCCCCUGUCCGAGCAGCAGAUCGCCUAUGUCUGCAGAGAAACGCUGGAGGGCUUGUCCUACCUUCACACCCAGGGGAAGAUCCACAGGGACAUCAAGGGAGCCAACAUCCUCAUCAAUGACAGCGGGGACGUGAAGCUCGCGGAUUUUGGGAUCUCCGCGCAGAUCAGCGCCACCUUCGCCCGACGGAUGUCCUUCAUCGGCACACCCUACUGGAUGGCCCCCGAGGUGGCCGCGGUGGAGCUGAAGGGUGGCUACAACGAGCUGUGUGACGUCUGGUCCGUGGGGAUCACAGCGGUGGAGCUGGCUGAGCUGCAGCCCCCCAUGUUCGAUGUCCACCCCCUGAGGGUACUCUUCCUCAUGUCCAAGAGCGGCUACCAGCCGCCAAAGCUCAAGGACAAGGCCAAGUGGUCUGCGGCCUUCCACAACUUUGUGAAGGUGACGCUGACCAAGAACCCCAAGAAGCGACCGAGCGCCGCCAAAAUGUUGUUGCACCAGUUCGUGGCCCAGCCCGGCCUGAGCUGCAGCCUGACACUGGAGCUGCUGGAGAAGCUGCACAACCCGGACAAGCACCCCCGCUGCUGCGAGAUGGAGGAGGAAGAGGCCGAGCUGCCGCCCCCUGUGCCUCGGCGGAUCCACUCCACGCACCGGCACGGCCAGGUUGAGCGCAGCAACUCCGACAUCAACCUGCAGCACAUUGAGAUCCGGCCCUGCUGGAGGAAGGAGCUGGAGCCCCCGGGUCACACGGAAACCUUCACAGAUGUCAGCUAUGGCACCAGCAGAAGCGGUGCCAGCUCCAUGGGCAGCCACAGGGGGGACACGUCAGACUCGGACAACGACUAUGACGACGUCGACAUCCCCAGCAGCGCCUACUCCUGCAGUGACACGCUGCCAGCUGACGUCCCUCCCCCACUGCCCCCCAAGCCCAAGCUCCGCACCCCAUCGGAUGAGACACUGGGGGAAGAUGAGCGCCCACGGCCCCGGGGGCCACCCGCACAACACUCUGGCCCCUCCAGCAGCCUGGUGCGCUGUUCCAGUGGCCCCGUGGCCAGCAGGCCCCCCCACGCUGCUAAGCACCCUAGCAGGCAUGGCACCCACCUCGCUGCCAGCUCAGAUCCUGCCUUGUGGUCCGGCACCCGGUUCGAGGAGCCCCCCAUCCUACCGCCCAAGACCGAGAAGAAGCGGAGACCGGUGAGAAACCCGCACCUAAUCCUGGGUGCCGAGGAAGGCAUCUUCACCCUCAACCAGAGCGAGCCCGAGGCCACGCUGGAGCUGCUUUACCACAACCGGACAUCCUGGGUGUACACCAUUGGCAAUGUCCUCAUGUCUGUCUCGGGCAAGACCCCCCAGCUGUACUCCCACAGCCUGCCGGGGCUGUAUGAGCAGAGCAAGCGGGACCAGCGCCCUGGCGUGCACCUCGGCCCCCACCGCCUGCUGCCCAGGAGGAACCCCCCUUCCAGCAAGAUCCCUGACACCAAGCGCUGCCGCACCUGCUGUGUGGCCAGGAACAUGCAGAGCGGCUGUCACUACCUGUGUGGGGCACUGGACACGGGCGUGGUGCUGCUGCAGUGGUACGAGCCCAUGGCCAAGUUCAUGCUCGUCAAGCACUUCGACUUCCCGCUGCCCAGUCCGCUGCCUGUCUUCGAGAUGCUGGUGGCGCCGGGCGAGGAAUACCCCAGCGUCUGCAUUGGGCUCGGCCGCGGCCCCUCGCCCGCCCGCCCCGUGCGCUUCCACACCAUCAACCUCAACUCCCUCACCUCCUGGUUCGCCCACACUGAUGCUGAGCCCCCCUGCCCCGGCCCCAUCCAGGUGACGCAGCUGGACAGCGAGACUGUGCUGGUCCUCAUUGACCGAAGCAUCAAAGUGGUGACACUGCAGGGAGCCCUGGUUCGCCGUCUUGAGGCCCCCGAGAUCCUCUUCGACGUGGCUGUGGGGGCCGUGGUGCUGGUGAGGAACUGCCUGCAGGCCUUCUGGCGCCACGGGGUGCAGGUGCGCCACUUCGGCUCCACGCAGUUAAUCGAGGAGCUGCGAGACCAGCGCUGGACCUUCCGCUUGCUGGGCUCACACAGCCCCCGCCCCUCACCUGUCCUGUGUGCUCCGUCUCGUCCUUGUUGA